AUGCAAGGAUGUCUUCCUAUUCACGCCCUUCGUCGCCUUGGUCAUAGACGACUCAUCGACUAUCUGCCCAAACGCUCCCAAAGGCUAUAUAGCUUCCGGAGUCAUGAGCGUAUCAGUGUGCGAUGCGGCUCAGCUGGCUUUGUGAACAUUGACCUCAUAGACAUUGCUGAACAACCAAACUCUCCCCUAUUUGUUUACUUACCCCCUUCCUCUCCAAACGAUAGCCAGCUCGCUUCAAUACCAAAGUUCCUUCAGGGGAAGCCGCUCGCUACUAUCAACUACCGAUGGAAUUUCCGUGAUCGUGAAAAUACCCAUCAUGCCUGGCCAACGCCUAUUCACGACACCUACUUCGCCUACAGGUGGCUGAUAGAAAACCUCGCUCCAGAAGGCGACAAAAAGCGCGACAUCUACCUCUAUGGAUCUCACCUAGGAGCAAGCCUCGCCACAUCUCUGGCACUUACGGAAUCGCAACCAAACGUGCCCUUUGCAGUGCGAGGCAUAGUGUCGUACAACGGCAUCUACAACUGGACCAUGUUCUUUCCCGACCAUCCAGUGAAUAAAUUCGGACCAUACGCCAAAAACCCAAAAGCCUUCUACAGGCCUCGGGAGGGGACGUAUAUAUACAACCUCCAACAAAUCCUGCCGAAGCUCUUCGGGUCUACGGCGGACACGUUUGACGUGUUUGCCAGCCCAGCCCUCUUUUUCCACAACCCAGGACUUAAUAUACCCGCGUCUUACCACUUGACGGAAGAGCAGAGCACCGCCCUCGAACUCAAGAACAACCCAGAGGCGGAGGCUCCCCUCGAGACACCUCGUAGGGGGCGGCUGGUUUUCCCACCCCGCGGGUCGCCGCUCAAGCUCCCCGAGACGCUGCUGCUGUACGACCUGCUCCCCAGGCCGCCGCCAACCAACUGGCCAGCCCAACCAGGAUUCGUGAGGCAGUGGGGCAACAGCCUCGAGGCGCAGGCCAAAGAGCUGGCGGAGGAGAUGCACUCCAGCAUUGAGAAGAUUGAGCUCAAGGAGCAGGGCCUGUGGGAUGAUAGUAUUCCUUUUUGGGAGAACGAGCAGGGUAGAAGAGUCAAGGUCAAACGAGUUGGGGCGGAGAGUGCGACGAUGGAGAUGAGUGAGACUGGGGAGCAGAUGGUAGAAGAAUGGUUGGCGGAGAGAAUAUCACCAAAAGUUACCUAG